GUAGGGAGCCAAAUGAGACGCACUUGAAACUAAAUCCCCAAACGAGCUGGUCCGGGCUGGGAAUUCCCCUGGAAAUCACCUACACGGGCAGCCAAUUGCGAGAGGUUUUUUCUGGAAGCUCGGAGGGUGGCCAGUCGUGCGAGCCGUGCUUUAAAAAAAAACUGGUUUGUUUUCUAAAAAUGGUGCAGACACGGACAUGGAAACGGGAUUUAAUGGCGGGGCGACGGCGCCUGGUGUUGUUGUGGUGAGGGGAUUUGAUCAAGGCCCCGAAAACAAAACGGUCCUCUAGAGGCGAAGCUAAGCUGAAUCUCGGGUUAGCCGAUUAGCUCGUUAGCUGCGUGGCUAGCAGCGCUUUCCGUUAUAACGUAAGUAAACGAGUUCGUCCGUUGGCCGUUGCGACGGGGAGCGAAGCAGGCGGCUGGAAUAACAACGCACUGGCGCUUUUUACAGCUUCCUAAAUGGUAAUAAAUGGAGUGGGCACAUCAGCGGUUCUCCCAGGAUCUCCAGAGCGGUUGCGGAAAGCAGGAUGGCCGGCCUGGAGCCGAGCAGGGACGCUCGGAGAUCCACCCUGAGGACUGGUGCGACAGCGGGCUGGACUCGUUCCUCGACGCCGAAAGCGAGAGCGUCCCGGAGCGGCCGUGGACCCGCGGUUUCCCGCUGGACUGCGGAGGAGCCACGGAGAGCCAGACCGGGGAGUGCAUGUCUCUGGGCGGAGGGGAAAGGCUGGACUCCGCUAUCGGGGACUCCAUAACAGACGAGGCGGCGGUGGAGAGUCUGUCGGCCGGGAUCAGAACCGUGCUGCUGGGGGAGGCCGAGGAGAGAGAGGGGACAGCGGGAGGAGGAGGAGAGAGAGCCGGGGAAGAGGAGCAGAUGAGUGAGGAGCUCUGGAGGACUCUGAGCUUCGUGUCGGAGGACGGAGACACUGCACUGCACCUGGCGCUGAUCCAUGAGCAGUGGGGUUUCGUUCAGUACCUGCUGGAUCUCAUCUCUCUCAACCGCACCUGGACACCUUACCUGGACAUCCAGAAUGAUCUUGGACAGACGGCUCUGCAUCUGGCAGUGAUUGUGGACCGAAGCCAGUGUGUGUCUGUGCUGCUGGAGGCAGGGGCGUGUGCGAAGCUUCAGGAGAGAGGAGGACACACCCCUCUGCACCUUGCAGUGAGAGAGCAGCGCACGGAGUGUGUGAGAGCGCUCACGUCCUGCACCUGCACUGCGCCAGAACACCUGAACAUCGCCAACUAUGCAGGAGUGAGUGCUCUCCAUUUGGCGGUGCAGAAGGGCCGGUGCGAUAUCAUCAGCAUGCUGCUGGAGGCUGGAGCUAACGUGAACGAGAGGGAUCAGGGUUCUGGACGGACCCCGCUGCACUGGGCAGUGGAGUCUCAGAGCAGUGCUGUAGCCGAGCUCUUGCUUAGAGCUGGAGCCUCUGUGGAUCAGCGCUCUUAUGCCGGACACACGCCUCUGUACUGCGCUCUCUACAGGCCCAACACAGAACUGCAGGCUUUACUGAAAUCUGCCGCCACCUCCACCCUAGAGGAGGAGGAAGAGGAGGAGGAGUAUGAUGAUGAAGAGGAUGAGGAGAGAGAGAGUGAAGAGGAGGAGUUUGAUGAUGUUAUCAUCAAUGGACAGCGAGUGCUGUAACUGGACAUCGUGAAAGGGCUGUGGGGUACUUAUUACAGGGACUUGGUUCGAGUACAUUUGUGUGUAUGUAACUUUAUUAAUGCUGGUACUUUUUGAACUUGCAAUGCUGCAAGUCUACGUAGUGUGUGUGAUUUUUCAGAGCUGUAAAAUUGCUGCAACCAAAAGAUUUGAAAUUGAACUGCUGAAGUGUUAACAUCAGUCAGGUGACUCUGUGGCGUAAGCUUACUUUCGGACUCCAAUUACACUGUCUGUAGGGACUGCCCUUAUAAGUCCUGUUGGUUAAGUCUGUGCUAAAAGCUGCAGCGUUUCAGCAUUUCAUCAUUUCACAAGUAUGUUUAACACUCUGGAUUGUACUGUACAUUUUAGACCUUUUAUUAUUUAAAGUAACAGCAUCUACAGAAUGCCAUUUACUGUUGUAUUUUUAAACCCUGCCUUAUGUACGAGCCAAGCUCUUCAAGCUAAAGGCAAAAUGGUGGCAGCUCUUCGCUUUUUUUUUUUUUCUUUAAUUCUAUUUUAGCUCUUCAAUCUGAUUAUUCAACCAUAGAAAAAUACAUUGUAUCUGCUGGUGGUGGUGCUUUUUAAUAGUAUCUAAAAGUGAUGUUACCACAAAAUGGUUAAAGAUCAUUUGAAAGCUAGUUUCUCUACAGCUUAUCGUGACCAAACAGUGGUUCUCAGUUCUGCACUACACAGAUUUAUGAUUAUAACCCACUUGGUUGAACCCAACACGUCUAUUGACUAAAGCAAUAGCUCAGUGAAAAAUCUAAUUUCCUAUUACCCCAAAUGAGUAGUCUGUCAUAAGGACAUCACAAGUCAAGUGUGAUCCCCACUGAUGCCACAGUCAUCUGUGGCCAGGACUCCAAGAGAACAUAACUGGUUCUUUUCCUCCGGGUCCGUAGGUUGGUUAUCCCUCUCCCCCUAUCACUCAGCGCAGUGCUAGCCAGCAUGGGCGUCUGUUAGCCAAACCAAAUUAACAGUCUUCAUUCUCCUCCAAGCACGUUGAACUGUCCACUAGACAUCGGCAAUGUGGCGAUAUUUUAUCAUGAUAAGCUUUUAUAAGCUGUUCUAUAUAUUUAUAUUUAUAAGCUUAUUCUAUACACCAGGCCUGUCAAACUGGGGACCUUCCGGGUCAGAGUGCUGCAGAGAUUAGCAUUUACCUUCACCUAACGCUCUGAAUUCAGUUCAUGAAGGCCUUGCUGAUUAGCUGGUAAGUUGAAUUAGGUGUGUUUAAUGAAGUAGAUUGAUGAAGUCUGCAGCGUUUUGGCCUGCAAGGACUGGAGCCUGACACGUGCUAUAAACCAUCAGUACGUAGAGAACACUAACAAACUUAAUGUUUCAUUAAAAAGAGGAAAGGUUGAAUAAAAAUCGUUGUAUUUAUAGUUUUGAUAGUAUAUUGUUAAUGUGGGGAUUAAAACAAAAAAAGUUAAGCCAUCAUAAGUUUUGCAGUGGAGUUACAAAGCUUAUGUAGCUCAUAAGUAAUGCAAGCAGAGUAAUGGACUAAGAUACGUUUCAUAACUAAAAACAGCAGCAGUAGUAGUGCUGUCCAUUUGUUCAUUGCUUGCAUGUUACUUUAGCCUCAUAGCUUCAGUUUAAAACUAAAGAAGCAAAUAUGUCUUGGCUGUUUGACUAUAUGUGGGGUAGAAGAAAAUUUUGAUUUUAUUCUAAACUAUUGCUUUAACAGUAAUGUUGGUGCAAAGCUUCAGAGCCCUGAGUAAAAGGUAAAGAAGGCACCAUACAAGACGUGUCCACUACACUGUACAUUUAGGAGAAAAUAAUAACAAAGUACUUGACAAUUUGAUCAUAUUUCCCAGUAAUGCUAACGGUGCGGGCAGUUUUUUUUUCCUUUCUGUGUUAAAUCUGAUCCUAUGCUCACUUUCAUUUGAUAUUAGCAACACUACCAUUUCUGGGUUGAGCAUUACUUGUCAAUUCUGUCAUCAUGUUGGUGGAACUUGCCGUGUUGUAAAUGAUAUGGGGUCAGCUUUGGUGUGUUUCUGCCCUUAGAUCAGUAGAAAAUGUCUCUCUGGAACGUGAUUUAAAGAAAGUGGAUGGACAGAAAGUGGAACGAGAAGGAUGGAUAUGAGUGAGGGAUGAAAAGUAUGUUAGAAAGCCAGUGGAAACCAGUGCUGGUCCAUAUUCAGAUAAUUUUCAGUUAUCUCUCUGUAAGCUGUAGUUAAAAUGAUGGAAUACUGAUAACCUGUGCAUAACGAUACAAGCUGAGGAACAGCAGCUGUGUGGGCUUCACCUUUAGACUUUUGCUUUGUGUUUCCUUCUCUCUCUUAUCUGGGGAUGGGUGGUGGCUGAAUAUGCUGUAGAAUGCUUGAAAUUGAGCACAAAUACAGUAAGAUUAAAACAAA